AUGGCUUCUUCUACUCUGUGCAACAGAAAGGUUCUGACAAAGGCGCAGACUGUCCAGCAGCAGAUUCGGUCUGCCACCGGAUCCAUGGCCGAUACAAAGCUCACCGACGACCAGGUCAACAACCUGACGACCGUCCUGCGAAACGACAACACCCACUUCGAUGUCAAAGUACAGUAUGUGAACACCAUCAAGACCGGCAUUAAGCAGCACAACGUCCCCGAGACGUGCAUCCCCCAGCUCUUUGAGGGCCUCCGCAGCGCCUCCAGCUCCCAACAUGUCGCGUUGGCCACGGCCGGCUUCACGGCCCUCAAUCAUCUCUUUACGCGCAUGUCGCGCCAGGAGCCCAAGUAUCUGGCCAAAGAGGCAGCUCGGACACUCCCUCUCGUCAUAGAGAAGUUGGGGGAUUCAAAGGAUAAGCCUCGCGCAUUGGCAAUGCAGAGUCUAAACACAUUGUACGCCGUUGCCCCCGCCGACGUAGAGCGCUCGAUUCGAAACAUGGCCAUGGGUAGCAAGAAUCCGAGGGCCAAGGAGGCGUCUAUGCAGUGGCUUUUGGAGACUCAUCAACAGCACGGUUUGCCGUUUCGAGGUUAUGUCCCAAAUCUGAUGGAGCUUCUGGAAGAUGCGGACGGAAUGGUCAGAGAUAUGGCUAAAAACACCGUUAUCGAGCUCUUUAAGAAUGCUCCCGGUGCCGCCAAAUCCGACUUGAAACGACAAUUGAAAAACUUCAAAGUCCGCCCUGCCAUCGAACAAGCCAUCGUCAAGGCCCUCGCUCCCACCGGCCCUCGCUCAGAAACUCCGUCUGAUGCCGCACCUGCUCCUCCUCGACCUGCCCUGUCAGCGCCCUCGUCCUUUGCCGUAAGCGACCGACCCGUAACGCCCAUGGAGAUUCCAGCCGAAGCCGUCGAGCCGCAAUAUGUCAACACCCAUCGCGAAUUGGACGACAUCAUUAAGGAGAUGGCCCCCCAUUUUGAAGGAAAGGAAUCUGAACACAAUUGGAUGAAGAGAGAGAAGGGCAUCGUGACAUUACGGAGGCUGGUGGCUGGCAACGGCCCGGCAGACUUUUUGGACACUUUCAUGCCUGGGCUCAAGGCGCUGCUAGAUGGUAUCAUCAAGGCCGUCAACUCACUGCGAACAAGCUUGUCGAAAGAGGGCUGCAGUUUGGUUCAAGAGAUGGCUGUCGCAUUUGGGCCCGCCAUGGACCCCUUGGUUGAGCUUCUCAUGCAAACGUUUAUGAAACUGGCUGCCAAUACCAAGAAAAUUAGCUCCCAGAUGGCCAAUGCUGCCAUUGACGCCAUUGUGAGCAAGGUCACAUACACUCCACGUAUCAUGCAGCACAUUUGGGGCGCAAUUCAAGACAAGAAUGUACAGCCUCGAACCUAUGCGUCUGGAUGGCUGUUGACAAUACUGAGGAAGGAGGCUCAUCACAAAAGCCACGUUGAACAUACCGGAGGCGUCGAACUGAUGGAGAAAUGUAUCAAAAAGGCCCUGGGUGACGCCAAUCCUGGUGUCAGAGAAAAGAUGAGGGCAUUCUAUUGGGCCUUCUAUGCUGUAUGGCCAGCGAGAGCUGAUGCAAUCAUGGCAGACCUGGAUACCACCGCCCAGAAGCUACUCAUCAAGGAUCCAAACAACCCCAACCCUGGAAGGAAAGUAGAGGCACCAGCCGCCGCCGCCAGGCCCGGUGCAGGAUUCUCAAGAAGCACCACCGCGGUCGGUAGCAAACCGAGUCUGCGGGAAACCAUGAUGGCCCAGAAGAAAGCUACACUAGCUACGAAGAACCUUCCAAGCCGGCCUGGUUCCAGCACGCAACUUCACACAACUGCCUCGAAACCACUGGCCCGGCAUAGGACUGAGACUAACACGAUAUCAGUCAACGCUAGCGGCAUGUCGGUAGCUCCUAUGAGGCCAGUCAAGAGACGGGAAGCCCAUAGCCCAGAAAAUGAUCAGCCCAAAUAUACGUCAUCGUCAUCGUCGAGGCCUGGGGGAGCUACUACACCAAAAAGGCCAUCUUCAAGGACUCAUAUAUCUCAUGCAAGCGAGUCGGGCAUGAUAUCGCCAACCAAUAUCCGACCGACUGGCAUACCAUCACCGCGAGGUAGCCCGGCUAGGCUCAGGCACUCCCAAACCAUGAUGAGCCCAACAAGAGCAACCGACGAUCUCACACUAGUGGUGCCAACGCUUUCUAGUAUACAGUCGGCUUCACCUAGAUUAGAGUCGUUGGGUGCCUCACCAUCUCCUCUUCUCCCCGGCGAAACCUCUACAUCACCUCGGAACGAGCCAUCUUCUCGAACGCUGAAGGUAUAUGAAGACCCUUUCACCGAGGACCAGCCAACGCCAACGGCGUCCCUUCAUACUGGACCUGUCUUGGAAGAGAGGGCAAUCAAUGAAGAUGCGGCAAACAUUCAGAGACCUUCGCAGCCGCCUGUUUCAGAUGAUUCCGAAUCCCAAGAUAAGAAUGGACAAAACGCUCGCCUCUUGGAUAGCGGUAUAACGAAGAUCAAGGCCAAGAGUCUAGAGGUGCACGGCUUCCGAAAAUUACAGUCUCUGAUCCGUGACAGCAGGACCGUCUUCACUGAUCAGCGGUUCGAGGCCCUGCUGAUCGGCCUGUUCCAGUACCUGGAAGAUCCCCUGCCAGAUCUCUCCGCAGACAAGGCUCAGGACGUCAAGGCCCAGAUCCUGACAACUAUCAAGGUGCUUCUGAAAAAGGAGCGGAGAAACUUCCAGCCCCACGUAUCAAGGGGCCUUGAGUCUCUUCUCCAGACGCGUGGCGGCUACGAUACCCGAGCACACGUAGUGAGCGGCCUGGAGCUUCUGGCCGAUGAACUCGUCACUCUCGGCAAUGGCUCCGAAACGGCCGUCGUGCUGACCAAACGUCUGCAGUCGUGCAGCGAUACCACCACCGAAGGCUGCCGUACCCUUAGCAUGGGCCUUCACGUUCUCAAGGAGAUGCUUGACAAGCGACCCGAGUAUGUGCCCACCCACAAGGAGCUCCUGCAACUCACUAGUAUGGCGGGCCGGUGCCUCGAAUCGGCUGAUUCGGGCGUUCGCAUGGAUGCCGUCAAGUUUUGCGUUGCUCUGCACGCUCGUGUCGGCGAGGCGGCGUUCUGGGAGGCCAUGGCUGGCAUCAAGGACGAUCCCAAGAGCUUGAUCACGUAUUACAUUGUCAAGAAGCAGCGUGAAGAUAGCAUUGCCGCAUAA